AUGGCUAUCAAGUUUUUUAUACAAAAGGACCUUCCACAAGAGGUCCAAGCGGAUCUCUGUGAAAUAGUCACUUCUCUUGGCGGGCGGGUCGAAUCCAAGGUUCCACGACAAGGAUACAUUCUUGUUCAGCCCGGAACAAACGAAGAGGAGCGAUUGAGGUUGUGCUGGACCAGUGCCGACAGACCAGAUCGGCAUUUCGUGCCCUACACAUACGUUGACGCCUGCAAGAUCGCGGGAAUGCUACUGAAGCAAAUUUUUGUGGAGAAUGGAAUGCCCAUCCGGAUGCAUAUCCACCCUAGCAUCGCAAACGUAAACGCGAGGAGUGCACUCAGCUCGCGUAUCAUGCACUCUGGGGGUGACCCCCAUGCCUCUGCCCAAUCAGCACGUGUCAUACUUGCAGAUCCGAAUACUGAUGUCUUCCACCACCUUGUGAAGAUUUAUCAAAGUGAUCCGGACAAGUAUAUUGAAUCCUAUCUGUGGGUAAAGAAGUGUAUCGAAAAAGGAACAGUUGUAUACACCCCACUUGUUUACAAAAAUCCCGGUGGUCGACGACCAGGUGAAGAGAGAACUCAGUUUACCGACGAAGACGAAGAGCAUUUGUGCAAUUGGAUUGCCGCAAAGAUUCCAUACAAGGAAACAGGCGGACGGACAGGAAACAGGCUUUAUCAGCAACUUUGCGAGCAAACCAAUGAUCCAGAGUUUGCUUGGGUGACGCGUCAUACAUGGCAAUCAUGGCGGGAGAGAUAUAAGAAAAACUCUUCCCGUCUCGACACCACCAUUGCCGGUAUCGUUGAACGGAAGCGGCCUGCACAAGGAGAAAAGGGUCAAUACGGAUAUGUCCGCCAGGCAGAGGAGAAAGUGAAACGAACAAGGAAAAAACGAACAAAGAAUACUGAGCAGCCUCCCCGUCACGUCGAAUAUACGGCAGUUGAUUCGCUUGUCGGUCUUCCUGGUUUAGCGAUGCCAAAUGGAGAGGUACCUGGACCUUCAGGAAUGCAUAUCCACCAAUCUUUCCAGGAGCAAUCGUCCAACAUGGAGACGACGGGAAUAGGGUAUUCCGUCAUUUUACCGAUACCUGCCUCUACACCUUUGGACCGCUCGAGUGUGAGGAAAAGCCCAGCAGAGGAAGAGAUGGAUGACAUGGACGACUCUGAAUGGGCUGUUAGAGUUGGUGAUGCUCCUCUGCCCACUUGGGGAAAGAGAAAAGCAAGCGAGGAAAUGGAGUCGCCUUUCAAUAAAAGGGCCAGGCCCAAUGAUGAGGCGCCAGCGUCGUUACCUCCAGGCACCCUUGAUGCAAUCGUCAAUAUGCAUGUCAUCGACCAAAGCAUACGCGACAUCGCUCGAGACUUCAGAUUCACAGUAGAAGAAGUGCAAGAGUAUUACGACAAGUGCGGCGAAAUGGGUCGUACCCGACUUUUAUUUCAGAGGAUGCGAGAAGAACUCGUGGCGAAAUUUUGCGAGGAUAUGUAA